CUUCCAUACAUAGUGUCGUCCAUUGCUCUCUUUUCCAAGGGAUAAGACUUCUGGCUUGGAGAUGAUACCUGCUCAAUUUCUCUCACAGAUUCCUUCAGCGUCAAAAAAGAAGAGAAAAGGAUGCGAGAUUCCUAGAGAAAAGGCUUUAUAGCAUCACUUUUAUCACCAAAACUCUAUUUUCGACGCUUUCUUCAAGUAGACGCAUACUGAACUAUGGAUUUCUGCGGAUGGAGUUGGGAAGAGAACAAGCUAUUUGAGAUGGCUUUAGCUGUGAUUGAUGAAGAUAACCCCGAUCGAUGGAAGGAGAUUAUUUCGGUAAUUGGAGGGAAAAGGAGUGAGGAGGAAGUUAAGAAGCAUUAUGAAGCUUUGUUGAGGGAUCUUAAUAUCAUUGAAUCUGGUAUGUUUGAUCAAGAAUUCGGAGAGGCUCAGGACUGCACCCAAGAUAUUACUUUGACCGGUGAUGAGCAGAACUUUCAGACAUGUUAACCUAGCCCAGGAGCAAGUGCUCCACUAAGAUCAGGUUCAAGAGCAAUAGGAGGUUGCUUUGGAUUUGGUCAGUAGAUCAUGGACAUUUUCAUUUAGCUGUUUUAUCUUUUAAUCAGACUAUGUAGUAGAUUAUCCCCAUGAUCUGAGGGUUUGAGUUUAUUGUUAUUAGUUGGUUAUGGAGAUCUAUCUUUAUUGAACCUUUGAGAGGUUAUAUCGUUUGGGCCAGUUUAUUUAUUAAGACUAUUUAGAGGCAUAUCUGUAUAUUUGAUUAUUUAUCACUUGAUGCUACAUAUUAUGUCUAAAGUGAUGUGGGGAAAUGUGUGUAAAGCUGGUAUUUAUAAAAUAGAUGGACAUAUACAGUUAGGACUCAGCGUAUGUUUCGCCAUCCUGUUGUAUAACUCUCUGAAUGUGGGUCAUAGGGUGUGAUAGAAAACAAGAACAGAUACAAAUCAAUUUCCUUGCCUCAUUUUAAUAUGAUAAAAUUUGUAGAUAAGAAGAUUGCAGAGCAUUGUUUCUUUAGCAUAUCAAUGUUUUAGUUUCGUUAGUUACUAGAUUUAGAUUUUGUCGAGUAUAAAUGGUUAGAAUUAGAUUCGUUUGUUGGAUAUUAUUUUUUAAUUUCAUUGUCAUCUCUUUAAUAUUCAAAGGCCUUUGUAGUUGGAUUAUAACUAAGUUUAUCCUUACAGUUGGUGUUAUUAACGAAAUUAAAUUGUGUGGUUUAAGAAGUAGCUCCAUGUCAUGAUUGAAAUAAAUGAAUUGAUUGAGUUUGAGCAAUAAAGUAUUUGAUUGAGGAUAUAACUCGCUGUCUUCUCAUUUGUGGAGGUGAAUCUAAAACUUCUGUCUUUUCUUCAUCUUCUUCCAAUGUCUCAAAAUUCUCCGCCU